CAUUGUGAUAACACACAAUCUAUCAACACAAAAUGAACACUUUUUUGAUCUUUGUAUCCAUGGCAAUUGUGGCUUCCGCAUCUGCCUCAGUUCUUCUGAAAGGGAUCAACUUAAAUUAUGAGGGAUCUAUUGGACCGAGCGGAAUCGUUACUGGCCUUGGCGCUAAAGGACCUUCAGGAUCUGUUACUGGAGCUGGUGCAGUUGGACCUUCUGGUAUUGUCACCGGAGCUGGAGCUAUUGGACCAAAUGGACCCAACGGACACGGAAUUAUUGGAAUUGAAUCUUUGGGUAUUGCACCAGGUCUGCUCGGUCUUAAAGGUUUAGGAUUGGGACCAAUUGGAAUUGCUGCUCCAUCGUCUAGUAUCCUCAUCAAAAGCCCAGGUCUUUUAGGAUUGGGCUCAAUUGGAAAAAUUAAUACUGGUCUUUUGGGACUUGGCUCAAUUGGAAAAAUCGAUAAUGGUCUUUUGUGGUAAAAAAAAUCCUGAAGUCAUCUCUUUCUAAGAACAACCAUAUGUCAUUUAUAUCUAUAUUUCAUGAUUACCAUAUUUUGUGUAUAUCAG